UCUCCGUGCAACAACUUGACCCGAGUAGGAAGACGACCCCCCCCCUCUGUCACGAGGUGCAAAAACUUUCAUUUAUCAUGACUUUUUUUUUUUUCCUGCAGGGGAAAUUACAUUUUGAGAGAGCAACACAAUCCCAGUGUGUUCUGUGAAGGGUGAAAUGCUUAUGCAUCCAACAUGUAGUGAUAAAUGGCCUGUAAAGGCUGCACUGCUAGAAUCAUCACUUUGUCUGACGUUGAGUUUCAGGUUACUGUGCGCAUCUGUGACUGCAGCUCCACGCUUUGACGCCCGGGGUGGAUUCAUGGUGCGUAUCGCGAGUAUUUGGAGACGGGUGUAGAACUGUGUAACCAAGCAACAUGCCCAGUACAAAGAGCGGAUAGAGGCACAUUUACAAAAGUGAAAGGUUGAUUUUAAAGUACUACACUUCGGAUCUGUUAAUAUUGUGUUGCGUAUACUGCGUGUGAAGAAUCUUUAAAGGACAUUUAAGUGGAUCAAAAAAGAGGAAAUAAUGACGGAAUUCAGAACUGGCCCUUUGUAUUUCUUUGACCAGCCAGCUAAACGAAAUCGAAUUAAAGGGGAACGAAGCAACAUUUUGCAUUUUAAUUUGGCAAAUGAAGGAGCGCAGUUAGAAGAUAGUACAAUACAAAGUAAUGGAGAAGGUAAAAGUGAUGAGCUCACUCAGAGACUGUCAGGGGAAACAUGUGGAGAUGGUAAACCUGAUACCUCAUCUGCUGUCGGUGCUGCACUCAACAUAAAGGACCACGAGCCGAUGGAUGCAUACAAGCGAGCAGCCCCACGGUUAUUAAAUGACCUGGCUCGCCUACUUUCACGACAUAAGUGGACUGAGGAGGGGCGUAUUCCUCACGGGAUUAUAAAUAUUCUGAAUUGCUCCUGGAAGGAUCUGAGUGCGGGGUCGGUGCACUUUAAAAGUCCGGAACAGACUGACAAACGACGAAAGUCCAAAGGUUCAGUGAAGUUGGAUGAAUCCCGUCACGCGUCCGCCAAUGACAAGAGGGAGGCAGGAGAGAGAAGCGCAUGUGUGGUGGAAAAUGUUGGUCACUCAGUGAGAAAACCACAAUUUAGCUCAAAUCCACGCGUGAAAAAGCGUAAACAUAAUUCCAAAAGAGCUCUCCACUCCACCACCGUCCGUUUCUCCAUCUCAUCCAACGGCUGCAGUAACCCAGGUUGGACCAUCAAGCCUCAGCAGCACUCCUUUGAUGAGCCUCAGCAGAUCAGUUUGUGUCAGUGGGUGGUGGAGCGACUCCAGGCGGCACGAAGUCUUGAAAAACUGCAAACAGCUGAACAGUACCUGAGCAAGACCCUCGUACUCCGUCACUACGGUGAUGCAAAGGCAAAACUGAAGGACAGGAGAGCGAGGACAAAGGCUCAACCUGCCACUCUGGUCAACGGGAUGCCCCAGAUUCCAGAAAUGGAGCAGCAGGAUCCGGCACAGCAGAAACUACACUACAGGAUCAACGAUGGCUCCUCCUUCAUAUACUACCCGUCUGGUUGCAUCGCAGUAUGCCAGAGCCGCUCAGGUCUGCCCUGUGGAGGCUUCUAUACCAACGUGUUCAGUGACAGCGAGUGUCCCGUUAUUCUGGCGACCAUCACAGCGUUUGGACACGGGGCUGUGACAAACCCUCUUACCUCUGCCAUUACAGCAGUGUGGGACCAGGACGGUGGAUUCAUAUGUGACCAUCAUGGGAAAAUAACUAAGGAGUGGAGCUGGCAGACAGACCGCACCCUGAGGGAGAAGAUUGUUAUACAGUUAACAGAUGUAAUCUCUGUGAGGCUGCUCAGUGGUACUUCUGCUCUGCUCAGCUUCAGGUGCAACAACGAAAGCGUUCAACUUCCUCUUUCUGUCCUGUCAAACAUUACCCAAUCACAGGAAACGACUGAAGGGAAAUGUACCUCCGAUUCUGCUCAAGACCUUCUGCUGCUGAGGAAGCCAAAAUGCCCUGCUGUGGUCCUGGAGAGCAAUAGCAACAUGACGCUAACACCUGUGUCUGUGUGCUCCCGGGAGGUCCUCCAGAUGGUUAGAGAGGUGGAGGAGCCGUCAGCACAGUGGAGAAGAGGAGGGCAUGUUGGCAGGGAGCUGAAGAGACUUCAGCAGAGAGUACGAAACACCCUGGAGGGCUGGCUGGAUUAUUAUCGCGUGGCUAUCGGUAUCAAGUGUCCUGACAUGAAGCGGAUGCCAGAUGCCCCACUGAGGACCAGGCUGAGGAGAGAGGUACAGUCAGCUGCUCUGCCCUCUCUGCACCCACCUGAGCGGGCAGAUGCUAAACCAGUCCGGGCUGAGGAGGGCAGGAAUGAGUUACAGGAGCUGCACAGACAUCUGUUAGCACAAGCAGGAAGACCUCUGGACUCCUACGUCAAGCUGCCAAGGACACGAAAAAAGCAAACAAAGGAGGAGCCCCGUGUGGUCACACAGAUAGGACCCCUUCAAAUUCAUGGCAACAUCAAACUUGACUCAGUGAUUAUUCCAAACAGUGCAGAUUUGCAACUCUCCGCUGUCGCCCACUGUCCAGCCCCACCGUCGUUCCCUCCCUCCACCCCCCUCAUAGUGUGCCCCGCUCUGCUGAGAGCUGCCCUGCUGGGGGAGGGGGGGCGCAGGCGGUGCUGCUGCAGCGCUACACUGAUGCCAGUGCUGACGGACGUGGAGUACGAUGCCUUCGUUAUGGGCCAGCCUCCACACAGUCAACAGAUCCUGGUGGUGUGCCUGACUCCACCAGUCCAACCCAUCAACACACAAGCGGUGCCCGGCCAGGACGUGCUGGAGCAGCUUUACAGGAAGAGGAACAAGCACAGAACCAUGCCGUGUUCUCAGUGCCAGAUGGAUUCAUUUCGCCUGGUGAGGUAUGAGGUGUCAACAGGGAAGCCCAGCUGUGGAGGGAAGAACAUCCUGCUGCAGCAGCAGCACAAUGCUGCUCCUGGGAUGGUCCUGAUGUACAUCAGAGGGAAGCUGCUGUUUGUUGGCUACAUAUUCAGUGGUCACAGCUGCACCGUCAGGGACCUUCAAAAGCAAAUCUCCAGAACCAGGGGAGACUACAGAUUAGGUGUGAGCCUCCCUUUAGACUACAAGUUCAGUGAUACAGUUGACCCCCCCGCAGCCACAGAUGCACACAACUCCCAAGAUGCAACACUAAAAGAAGGAGAUGACAUAACACUGACUGCUUCAGUGGACAAGGAAAAGGCCAAUAUGAGAAAAAGCAAUCAAGUUCCUGAAGUAUCACACCAGCGACAGAGAGACUUUUGUAUCAAACCAAAGAAGACUCCAGCACUUCUCCGUGUUCCUGUUAUCACACACUGAAUACACUCUAGUGACGGGAUUGUUUCUGUAUUGGUC